AUGGCGUUCACCACGACCUUGUUAAGUAUGGCCAUGACAGAUACCAUCUGGCUACUAGCAGUCUCCUUGACCAUUGCGACCGUGCUACGUAGUUUUGGUGUUGUAGUUUAUCGUAUAUUUUUUCACCCCCUGGCCAAGAUCCCUGGGCCACUUUUUGGCAGGGCUACUUUUCUCUAUUCCUUCUGGUAUAACAUGCGCGGAGGCCGCAUGUAUCUGCAGAUUCAGAAGCUGCAUGAACAAUAUGGCCCAGUAGUUCGCAUUACCCCGAAUGAAAUCCAUCUCAGCGACCCAGAUGAGUGCGAUAAAAUCUACCAGGUAGGGUCACGAUACGGCAAAGACGCCAACUUCUAUAGCGCCUUCGGCACGGAUAAGUCGACAUUCACGACGCCUAGCCCGGAGCUACACCGCAUCAAGCGCUCCGCACUGAACCCGUUCUUUUCACGCAAAAGGGUCCUGGAUCUCGAGGAGGUCGUGCAGCAGGCGGCAAGUAAGCUGACGAAGCGCAUUCGAGAAGCAUUGCAAUCCAUGGGCCGGAUCGAUUUACACCAUGGAUUCCGGGCUAUCUCUAUCGAUGUGAUCACCGACUAUGCUUUUGAUCAGUGUUACAACUUCCUAGAUGAUGAGAAUUUUGGGGCCAAGUUCUUCAAUAUGAUGCGGGAUCUUGGUCCCGCGUUCUGGUUUCUCCAGCAGUUCCCUUGGAUGCAGCCGAUUGCGUUAAAGAUGCCAUACUGGUUGGCAAGAUUGUUGAACAAGUCGUUGACUAGGAGGAUCCUGCAUCGUCAAGCUGCCGGUCGCCAUGUUCAAGGGGUCAAGGAUGCAGUGGAUAGAAAUGACAAGGUGUCUCGCAUGACUAUUUUUCACCAGCUUCUCUCCCCCGAUGCCGCUGAUGGCCACGUGGUGCCGACGGUGGAGGAGCUCACGGAUGAAGCUUAUAUUAUCCUUGCGGCAGCAGCAGACACUACCGGCAAUGCAUUGACCAUUGCAGCAUACAAUGUUGUGCGCAAUCCAAUCAUCUAUGGGCAACUAACGACUGAGUUGAAAGAGGCGUUCCCAGAGCCAGGAGCAGCGAUGAACUUUCUGGUCUUAGAAAAGCUGCCGUACCUAACCGCUGUCAUCAAAGAAGCUCUUCGACUGUCUUUUGGAGUCGUGGGAAGACUUCCGCGAGUUGUCCCUGAGGCUGGCGCGGAAUUUGGAGGCUAUAAGGUUCCAGCUGGAACGGUGGUUAGCAUGAGCCCGUGGACCAUGCAUCAUAAUGAACAGCUUUACCCGAAUCCCGAGAAGUUCGACCCGAGUCGCUGGAUACGUUCUGAUGAGAGCCAGGCAUUGGAGAAAUACCUGUUUGCGUUUGGAAAGGGAUCAAGGCAACUUGCUUACUGCGAGCUGUACACCACUCUGGGCUAUGUGUUCCGGGAGUUCGAUGACUUGAAGAUAGCUCAGAAGAGCCGGGAGGAGCUCCUCUACAACGAUUACUUUUCUUCAUAUCACCCUGAAAAGAACAACAGGUUUAUUUUUGAAAGAGCUACUUAA